AUGGUUUACGGAAUCCAUGGGGCGUGGCUUAUAUCCGUAUCGGAGCCCGACCUUGUUAUCAACUCCGCAAACCCCGAACAACAAGCCCUUCGGGUACUCAUAUUUCCCGAAGGAACUGUGUCCGACGCCGGUAGCGUGGGCGCGGAAGGCGGUCAUUUUGCUGCGCUUGAGCAACCGCAGCUGUUCAUGGAGGAUCUGGAAGCGUUUGCUGCGGUGGCUUGGAAAUGCGCAAGUGGUGCAAAAUAA